AUUCUGUAGCUUUGAUCUAGUACAACUCGGUCUCGGAUCAAUUUGUUUCCGGCAGACGUAUAUAACUAUAUUGAUUUAGGACUCUGGUGAAAGCAGUUCAUCUAGGCACAUGGCAAAAAGACAAAAGACUGACACUGUUGCAACUGAUGUUCAAGAACCUGGUAGAGCGACAGAUCACACCCCCUCGAAUCUCAUGAUUGACGUAAUGAAUGCUGCUACACGUACACCAGACAUGAAUUUAGUUGAAUUUGAAGAUGAUAUUUCCGAUUUUGAAAUAAUACCAGGAUCAACGCCUCUUUCUGACUCAGAUGUUCCUCCAAGGAUAGCGAAGAUAUUUCCGAAAUAUUUACACAGACGGUCUGGUGUGGGAAUAGCUGGGGAAAGUAUGGUGGAUAACGACAAGCCAGCAGGCAAUAUCCCCGGAAAGUUUACAAAGAAUGUAUUCGAAAAGAAUUAGAAAAACUCAAUUACUAAUUGAAAAAUUAAGUAAAAUUGUCAUCUGAAUGUGUAGUAUUGUGUCAUAAUUCAAAGGCGAGGUUCAAAAAUACCAUGGAAGUGUUGUCAUAUUUUUAUUUUUUGGUCCUAUUUCAGUGAAAUUCGAAAAUAUGAUCGAUGAGAACCAUGGAUUUUCCCCAAUUAGAUUAAUCAACAUCUGAUAAAAGGAGGUAAUCCAAAAGCAAAAAAGUAUUUCCCCCCAAUUCUGCACUUAAAAUUCCAAAAUGAGUGUUACCAUUUAGGGUCUGAGCUGCUUUAGAAUAGCUUUGCAAAUUUUUAUGUAUAUUUUGGUUAUUAAAACAAUAGUUGUACUGUUGCG